AUGGCUUCUUUACCGAUUCCUCGCUUGGAAUCCCUCGCGGAUUAUACCUCCUUCGACCUCACCGUUCGUCCUUACUUAUCCCAGCUGCCAUGGUUGCCCGAUAGCUUGUACGAAGCUGGUCGCGAUGUGUAUAGCUUGCAAGCUGUUUAUCUGGCCACAAACCCACUGGUCUCUGCGCUGGCCUUCGGCGGAGUCCUAGCUGUACUUUUCUUUGUUGCAGCCGAGAUCAACCGAAACUAUUCUCAAGUGGACCGGUUUUGGAGCAUUCUCCCCGCGCUGUACAACGUGCAUUUCGCUGUCUGGGCCCGUUUGUCUGGUAUCCAGACUCAUACCUUGGAUACAAUUGCUGCUAUUACAGUUCUUUGGAGUGUCCGCCUGACUUUCAACUACUGGCGCAAAGGAGGAUACUCGAUCGGUUCCGAGGAUUACCGCUGGCAGAUCGUGCGUUCCAAAGUGAACAAUAACUUUGUUUUCGCAAUCUUCAACCUCGGCUUCAUAGCACUGGCCCAGUCCCUCCUGCUCCUCCUUAUCACUGCCCCAACCUACAUUUUUGUUGUCGCGGCAUACAACCAGACAUCCGAGAAAUUCGGACUUCCUGACCUGGUCUUCUCGCGCGCUAUCUUCUUCUUUAUUCUUAUUGAAUUUUUCGCCGAUGGCCAACAGUGGAAUUUCCAAACUGCCAAGCAAGAGUACCAGACCAACGCGCGUAUCCCUGAGCCCUACAAGGAUCAAUGUACUGCCGAGGAUCUCGAGCGGGGCUUCGUUGUCAGCGGUCUUUGGUCAUGGUCGCGUCACCCCAACUUUGUUGCCGAACAAGCUGUCUGGGUGACCCUGUACCUUUGGUCCUGCUAUCGCACUGAAACAUACUUCAAUUGGGCUGGGCUGGGUGCUUUGGGAUAUCUCGCUAUCUUCCAAGGUAGCACGCGCCUGACCGAAGAGAUCAGCACUGGCAAGUACCCUGAGUACAGUGACUACCAGGCUCGCGUUGGCAGAUUCCUCCCUCGCUUGUCUGUCAAGGCGAAGAAGACCAAGGCCAACAAGAAAGCUGUGCAGUCCAAGAUUGAGAACAAGAAGAGCAAUUAA